AGUGCUGUAUAAAAUAAAAUAGUAUCCUAAUUCACAAAAUUUCCAAGAUAUAAAGGUAAUUUGCAUGCUCUCUUUGGUUCUUUAAUAAAGUUGUAUUGAGUUCUUUGGUUGUGCAGAACUUGAAGGGGAGGAGCAGACAGAAGCCUCUUAUCCAGGUAAUCUCCUGAUCCAUCUGCUGCUCCUUCACCCAUCACUGAGCAACAACAGCGCAGCGGAAACCAUGCUGCUCUCUCCUGCAGCUGAGCGCAGUCAGGACGGUUUGCUGUCGGUGCUCUGGGAGCUACUGGAGGAUCAGUCUCACCGUGAGCUGUUUGGUCUUGAGUUGGGAUCAGGCACAGGGCAGCAUGUGGUGCACUUCACUCAAGAAAUGCCCUUUGUCACGUGGCAGCCUUCAGACAUCAAGGAGGAAGCACAGAACAGUAUCAGAGCUUAUAUAGGGGCCACUAAGGCAAAAACAGUGCUGGAGCCGGUGUAUCUGGAUGCCAGUCAACCCUGGGAGAAAUGGGCAGGACUUCCACAAAGCUCUUGUGACAUUAUUAUAGCAAUCAACCUGCUUCAGUACAGCCCCUUCAGAACUGCAGAGGGUGUGUUUAAAGGAUCUGGGCAGAUACUGAAACAGAACGGCCUUUUAAUGACUUACGGACCGUACGCUAUCAAUGGAACAAUCACACCAAUCUGCAAUGAACAACUGGACCAGACAUUACGCCAGAUGAAUCCGGAUUGGGGUCUUCCAGACAUCGAUGUGCUCAGACAAAUGGCAUUCAGUAACGGAAUGAGAAUGGAACGAAUGAUCGAGAUGUCUGAGAGUAACAAAUGCCUUGUCUUCAGAAAACCGUAGGAAAUCUGUCCAUCCAGAGAACAUGGAUCCAGUUUCCAGGAUAAAAUAUUUACAACGUUUCACUUUCUUUUAGUCAGUUUCUCAUUCUGCCUGCACUUCAAACACACAAAUUAACAGACUGACAUGGUUUUAUUGUGCACAUACUUUCAGAGUCAGGAAAAGAAACAUUUCCACUAAUGUGUGACCAAUAAAAAACAAGAUAUUUAUUAAAUAUGAUCUUAAAAUGUAUUAUUUUUAUCAUGAGGCGGAUCAGUAUGGAAUAAAGAUGAUAUUAAAGGGGUUACAGACGUCACCGGUUCUGUGUGUGUGUGUGUUACAAACAUGCAGCGUUCACGUCAUCCAUCAAAACCAUCCACAGGCUGUCAACAGUUUUUACAAUCGCUGUCUAAAAAUAGACUUCCUUUGUCUGCCAUUGAUCCAGUACUCAAUUUUGCACUGUAAUUAAUUGGUAAUGAAACCGCGGCUUUGAGAUCGAUUGAUUGGUCUAGUUCUGCGCAGUCAGGUCUGAACCCCUGGCCAAGCCACUCUGUGAAGAUCCACAAAGAGCAAAGACAAAUAGAUGUGACGUCUGGCAAACUUACAUGUAGUAUCUGGAAACACCAGCCUAUUUACUUUGAAUAGAUUGGUGAUAUGCAAAUAGCAGUAAAGUUGACAUCUCAUUGGCUGUUAAUUAUACGACAGAAGUCAAUGUUUGCGCCAUCUACCGCAUAAAUCAUUAGCGAGGAUUCCACAACACUGACCCCAAACGCAGAGCUUCUGAAGCAUCUCUAGAAUCGCAACCAUGGAAACCAGCACUGGAAUGUCACAUGAUCUUACAGCAUUUCAGAGCAAAUCGGAACUGAAAACCUGCUAUGAUGCCGCAGUGACUCUGCUAAAGUCAGCAAGUCUCUUAACCAAAGAAAAAACAUGGCUGUCACGUAUUCACUCAUGCAAACACAUCUUAGAAAAAUACAAGACAAAGGAUGGUUAUGUCUUUUUGAAUCGUAUUGUGUUUGUUUCUCUAUGGUACGAAUGGCUAACUUCACAUCAGCUUAGUUUUAUGAGGAAAAACUACAUUUGUGAAAAUCUAGAGAUGGAAGUUAGAGGUAGGAUGAAUCUCACAACAUGUCCAGUUCAUAUUUUGAAUAGAAUCUCAUUUCUGCCACCUAAGCUUUAGUGAAACUUCUUUGAUAAAACAUCAACAUUAUGGGAUAUUAAUUAUAUGAUCAUUAUGAGAUCAUAAUUUUGACUUUUUAUCUCAAAUAUGACUUAGUAUCUCAUAAUUUUGACUGUCAGAACUAUGACUUAGUGUAAUAAAAAAAAAAACUAAAUUAAGAGAUACAAUGUCAUAAUUGAGAUUGACAAAACACAAUUAUGACAAAGUAGAACUUUGACAAUGACUUAGUAUCUCAGUUUUGACUUUGUAUGAGAUACUAAAGUCAUGAUUCUGAGAUACAAAGUCUUAAUUAUGACGAAUCUUUUUCUCAUAAUGACUUACAAUGUCAACUUUGAAUUUUAAAUAAGUUGACCUUAUGACAUUAAUGACAUACUGUGUCAAUUAUGACUUAGUAUUGUAUAAUUUUGACAUUACAUUUCAACUUGUGUCAUAAUUAUGAUUUACCAAAGUAUUACUAUUUUAUGUUGCAGAAAUGGGCUUUAAACAUUCUAGGACCAUUAAGAUUCUUUGCAUCUUCAUAAAUCAUAUUUCCACCAAAACUCUCAUAUGUUUAACGUGUCAAGGCAACUUGUUUUUUGUUUUUUUUGGUAAUUCUAAUAAUUGUCAAUGGUGAAUCUCAUUACUAAUAUAGUCAUUUUUAAAUCAGGAUAUCAGGAUAAAGGCAGAACAACAAAUGAAGAGUUCACAUGCAAAAGCCUCUAAGUGCCAUUUGAAAUUUUCUUCUAAAAUGAUCAUUUUUCUCA